AUGGCGGCAGCGGCUGCAGCGUCUGGUGAUGCAAAUGGAUCCGGUCCAAAGACACCAACAUAUAUAUCCAAGCAUAAGUCGGAAAAAGAGAGAAAAAUUGGACAUCGUAGAGUUGGCGUGGGAGGUGAAAUAACAUAUAAAAAGAUACAAACUUCACAAAUAAUGGGUUCCAUACAGCUUGGAAUACAGCAUGCUGUCGGUGGACUGGCAUCAAAACCGGAGAGAGAUUUAUUAAUGCAAGACUUUAUGACGGUAGAAACAUGUAAUUUUCCAACCAUGGGUUCGAAUCACACUCCUGCUCAUCAUUUUACUGAAUUUAAAUUUAAAAAUUACGCUCCGAUCGCUUUUAGAUAUUUUAGAGAUUUGUUCGGCAUACAACCGGAUGAUUUUUUGAUGUCGAUGUGUUCUGCUCCCCUAAGAGAAUUACAAAAUCCAGGUGCGAGCGGUUCGAUUUUUUACUUGACGGAAGAUGAUGAAUUCAUAAUAAAAACGGUUCAGCACAAAGAAGGAGAAUUUUUGCAAAAAUUACUACCCGGGUAUUACAUGAAUUUAAACCAAAAUCCGAGAACGUUGUUACCAAAAUUUUUUGGACUUUAUUGUUAUCAGUGCAACAGCAAAAACGUGAGAUUAGUUGCAAUGAAUAAUUUGUUACCAAGUUCAGUUACGCUUCAUCAAAAAUACGAUCUUAAAGGUUCGACAUAUAAGAGAAAGGCUAGUAAAUUUGAAAAAUCGAAAAAAUCUCCCACGUUUAAAGAUUUGGAUUUUAUGGAACAUCAUCCGGAGGGUAUUUUUCUCGAAGCGGAUACGUACUCGGCUUUGAUAAAAACAAUACAAAGAGACUGCAGAGUAUUAGAAAGUUUUAAAAUAAUGGAUUAUUCAUUGUUGGUGGGAGUUUAUAAUUUGGAUCAGUGUGCUAGGGAAAAAUUGGAAAAUUCAAAUUUAGGAAGUAAUGAAAACUUUGAUAGUUUAGAUUCAACGCAACUCGAUAGUUUAGAAAGGGAAGAAAAUUUAAGGGGUGGCAACGUCGCAUUAAACAGAUCGAAAAGCAUAAACCGUCAAAAAUUGGUGGCUCAUUCGACGGCUUUGGAAAGUAUACAAGCGGAAAGCGAACCCAUCGAUCACCAAGACGAUGUGCCACCCGGAGGUAUACCUGCUAGAAACGCCAAAGGUGAACGAUUAUUAUUAUUUAUGGGAAUUAUAGACAUAUUACAGAGUUAUAGGCUCAAGAAAAAAUUGGAGCACACGUGGAAAGCGAUGAUACACGAUGGAGAUACAGUAUCUGUACAUAGGCCCGGGUUUUACGCUCAACGUUUUCAAGAUUUCAUGGCUAAAACAGUAUUUAAGAAAAUCCCUUCACUGGAUUUGCCGGAAAUAAAGGGAAAUCACCGGAAAUUUAGGACUCUGGUUACGAGUUACAUAGCGUUUAGCGGGAGCGCCGCGGGUGCCCCGAAUAAAAAUUCAUUUUCAUCAUCAACGUCAUCAUCUUCUUGUCCUCCCAAAACAGGUCCCAUAUCUCCUGUAUCGCAAUCAUUUACCUCUCACGUUUUUCCAGCCGUUUUAGACAGAGGCGCAACACUUCCGCAAAAAAGCAAAGUUCCUCCUCCCGUUCCUCCGAGGGGUAACGCGAAGACAAAACGUGAUUUGCCGUCUAACCGAGGAUUCGCAAAUAGCUGUAGCGGGAUCCCUUCCUGUUCCACUCCUCCUCCCGCCUUUGAAGACGCGGUUAGGGGGGACACUCCUCCUAGACACAGAAAUCCUCAUCACAUUCGGAGUUACCGCGAAGAAUCUGUCAGCGUCUCUGAGGUAAGCUUGGAUCAUAAAUCUUCAUUAAGCGUCGAAUCGUCUAGCUCAACGAGUGGUUUCGCUAGUGGGACCACGAAAAAUCUCACAUGGACACCUCCGGCAUCCGUUGAAGGAAGCACCCCGACGUGGACUGAAGGUACUCCAUCGUUUACUGAAUCAUCAAGCAGCGGCGAUAUAGGUAACUUACCAGGUUUGCAAUAUUUGCAGUGUUUGCUUCGUUCUUGA